CAGAUUGGACAAUUUUUCCCACACUAAAUUAAAAAUUCUCAAUCUGCAAUACAAUUUCUCGUGCUUCGGGAAAUUUGUCCCAUUUGACAACAAUGGAACAUAUGGCAGAAAACUUGAAGAAACGACCUUCGAAAGGCAUAUUGAAGAACUCCAGCAGCUUCGACCACCCGCAGUCGCAGACGUCGGUGACGAAACAAAGGAAACAGAGCAAGGGGGCAAAAUGGGACGAGAUGAACAUAAUCGCGACGUACCACCCGCCCGGCAAGGACUACGGGCACAUGAAGGUGGACGAACCGAAGACCCCGUACAAUUACGAGUACACGAGCGAUAAUGUGGACGGACUGGACGCCUCCGAUCUGGCGGAAAAGAUAAGACUGGCGGCGGAAAUGCCGCCGAAAGUGCUGCAGGACAAAACUGAAUCUGAAUCAGAUUCAGAUGAAGAAAUGACUGAAGAGGAACGGAUGAAACGCAAGGCGUUCAUAGAGAAACGGAAAAAACAUUAUAACGAGUUUGAGGCGAUCAAAUUGGCCCGCAAAUUACUAGAGGAAGAAAAGGAUGAUGAUGAUGAAGAUGAAGAAGCUGGAACAAGUUCCAAUUUUUAAGUAGUUGUGAUAGUUUCUUUUUGUUUUUCUUCUGGGGGGAUUUGUGUAAAUAAAACUGGGGUUUUUUUGUACCUAAAUUUUGGUGCAGUCCGUUUUUUACGUUUUUCAUUUUUGUCGGUCUUCCAGAUGCUUUUUGAUGUGCCAUUUAAUCAAAACUGAUGAAGAAAAAUGCAUUAUUAUUAUUAUUAUUGUAUAUUUAUUAUGACAAAUAAUUAUUUAUUACAUUUGUAGCAGCUUUUGUUGUUAAUUUUAUUGAUUAGGCUGUGUAAGACAAUGUAUUUAAGUAUUAUUGUAAUUUUAUUUUAGUAUUGCGAACAAAAUUCAAAUAUUUUACAGACAGUACAAAGUUACAGGUUUUUGGUUCAUUGAUAUUAUAAAAUUAUUUUUGUAAAAAACAUAUCUGUUGUUGAAUAAUUAAAACAAAACACCACAAUAUAUAUAUAUAUAUAUAUAUAUAUAUGAUAUAUAUUAUAUAAGAAUAAAAGACAUAUUUAAAUAUAAAUUUGUGGAUAGGGACAUUAAAAAUAAUGCAGCACACUCACAAUUUUAUUAUUUAACCAUUAACAGAAAGUACAGUAAACGGCUAUAAAUACAAUUGCAUGUUCCAUUAAAUGUUGCUCCUAUCCAAAUUGUUGUCAAUAAAUUAUAUAACAGGUUGUAAAUUACCGAAUUAAAACAUAUAAAUAUUAAUUAAA